AUUUGGUUCGGACAUUUUUGGACCGUGCAAAGGCGGGAUUGAAUCCCUAAUUAACUUCACCCAAAACGAACUCUUAGCUCUCUCUCUCAAUGGAAUCGGAAAUUCAACUGAAAAUCGAGGAAACAGUACUCGAUAUACUCAAAAACGCUGACAUGGACGACAUGACCGAGUUCAAGGUCCGAGUAACUACAUCGGAGAGACUCGGUAUCGACCUAUCUGAUAUCCAGCGCAAGAGAUUUAUCAGGGGUGUGGUUGAGUCCUUUUUGCUCUCUACAAUGGAGGUAAGUGGCGAGGAGGGUAAAGAGGCCGACACAAACUUCCGAGAGGAGAACCAAGGAAUGGCGCGAAAGGAACAUGAGACAAUACCGAAGAAGGAGUUUGACAGUGAUGGAAAUCGCAUUAUUUGUAAGCUAUCAAAUAGAAGGAAUGUGGUGAUUCAAGACUUCAAAGGGAAAUCUUUCAUAUCGAUCAGGGAGUUUUAUCAUAAAGAUGGAAGGCAGCAUCCUUCUAAUAAAGGAAUUUGCUUGACAGCUGAACAAUGGUCAGUAUUCAGGAAGAGUGUCCCUUUAAUAGAAGAUGCUAUUGUAAAGAUGCAAUCAAAAUUAAGAUCUGAAUCUCAUGAUGAAAAAAAUGAUCAAAUCUCUAAUGUGGUGACGGCUUGUACUAGCGAAAUUAAUGGACGCGUAUCUGAUGUGGUGACUGUCUCUACUAAUGAACUUAAUGGACAAGCCUCUAAUUUUGCGACAGCUUCUGCGCAUCAUGAACUGAAUGGACAGUUCUCUAAAUCAGUGACUAAUUCUACUCAUGAACUUAAUGGCCAGGUUUCUGAUUCUGGGAUUGCUUCUUCUGUUCAUGAACUUUUUCCUAUUGAGAUUAACCGUUUCGAUGGGAAGAAUUAUCAGUGUUGGGCACCCCAGAUGGAAUUGUUCUUAAAGCAAUUAAAUAUUGCAUAUGUGCUGACUAAUCCAUGCCCUAGUAGUGCUAUGAAACCAGAAGCAAGUGCUGAAGGCAUUGCUCAAGCCAAAGCCGUUGAGCAGAAGUGGCUUAAUGAUGACUAUAUGUGUCGCCGUAACAUCUUGGCUUCUCUAUCUGAUGCUCUUUAUUAUCAGUAUUCAAAGAAUGCCAAGAGCGCUAAAGAACUAUGGGAAGAGCUAAAAUUAGUUUAUCUUUAUGAGGAGUUUGGGAAAAAGAGAUCUCAUGUUAAAAAGUACAUUGAAUUUCAGAUGGUAGAAGAAAAACCAAUUCUUGAUCAAGUUCAAGAACUUAAUAGCAUUGCAGAUUCGAUUGUUGCUACCGGAAUUUUCAUUGAUGAGAAAUUUCAUGUAAGUGCCAUUAUUUCCAAGCUUCCGCCGUCUUGGAAGGAUUUUUGCAUGAAGUUAAUGUGUGAGGAGUAUCUGCCUUUUUGGAUGUUGAUGGAUCGUGUAAGGGUGGAGGAUGAGUCUCGCAACCAAGACAAGCAAGCGGAGCCAUCCAACUCUGCAUGCUUUAAUCAUACCAAGAAUCUAGGACCAAGGAUGAAAGAUAUGAAGAAGCCAGGAUUUAAUGGCAGGAGACGAGAAACAGAGAUGGACAACAAGGGAUUGGUCUGCUACUCUUGUGGGAAGAAGGGGCAUAUCUCUAAACAUUGUCGUAGUAAGAAGUUUGACAAGGAAGCUAAUGAGAAACUUGACAAGGAGAAUUCAUCUGCACCUGCAGUUUCAGAAGGCAGGGCAGAACACUCUUGAGUAGUGAAUUGAUGUAGUUUAUGGAUCUUUUGCAGUACAGCAACCAGCAAGGAAAUAUGUAUCUGUUGCAUCACCGCUGAAGGGAAACAUGGCCACAGAUUAAUCAUUUUUGACUGAUUGGAUGAACACGCAGAUGAUAAAGUUAUUUCAAUUGACGCUGGGCUGGGCCACCUCCAAUGGCGUGAGCUGCAUGCGGGGAGACCCGCACGUACGGUUUUUAGGGGGAUCUGGUCGAAGGACGCUGAAUCGAAGGCAAUUUAUUGCAAGUCGAUAAAUGAGUGUCAGAUAAAUCAGAUGCGCUGGCUAAUGAGAAGUGAACCAUCAGUUAUCCAGCAAGAAACACUAUUCAUUAUUUUUAUUUAUGCUUGGUAUAUAUAAUCGUUUCAAUUUCCAUAUAAAAUAUAGAAUUCAAUUGAAUCUUGCCAAA